AUGGGAGAUCAUCAUAUGAAAUCCUCUUUUGUACCCGAUUGGCUACGUUCAAAGGAGUUAUCUCAUCAAGAUAUCUCACCACGCACCGCUCUUAAUGUAUCACCACCAAAUGGAACUGGCGAACAAACAACACCAGUUGUCAAUAUACCAAAAUUAAAUCGAUCAAAGUCAUCUCCACAUAUUGAACUAAAUGUUCAAGAGGCUGCCCAACUAUUACUACGACAACAACAACAACAACAACAACCACCAACCAAUGUUGUACAAUCUUCAUCUCCACCACAUCAACAUUUUUCUUCAACAACCUCAUCAACAUCAACUUUAUCGAUAAAUAAUAGCAUCAACAACAGUAGUAAUAGUAGUAAAGUAUCAUCAAUAACAACAACAACAUCAUCAUCAUCAUCAGUAACACAUCAAACAACAUCAACAACAUCACAUGUAAAUCACGAUAGAGGAGUUACAUCUUCACCAGUAUUGCAAUCGAAUGUUACAUUCCGAUCUAUUAACACUGCAAACAGUAUCAACAUCAAUAGUAUCAAUAACAACAAUAAUUUUAUUUUAAACAGUAACUCCUCCUUCACCAAAUACAAGUCAAAACCACCUUUAGUGAGUUAUAAAUCACAACCGAAUCUCAACAAUGUUGAUCAAGCAUCAUCGACUAAUCUUAAGCAACAACACUCACAACCACAACAACACUUCCAACAACCGCGUUAUCAUUCUAUUUCACCAAAUCACCUUCAAAUGAACGAGCAUCAAUCCAGUCAGGAUACAUCUAAUCAUUAUCUUGUCCAUGGACAAUUCAAUAAUAAUUAUCAUCAUCACCAUUCAUCUUCAUCCUCAAAUUAUCAUCACCAUAAUAAUAAUAAUAAUAAUAAUAAUAAUAAUAAUAAUAAUAACAACAACAAUGAUUAUAACAACAACAAUGGCAGUGAUGACAACAAUCUCUUGGUCAACGAUAAUCAUAACCAAUCACUGUCUCAACAAAUACAACAACAGCAACAGCAGAUGUUACAUCCACCAAGAGAGAGUGAACAAUUCCCACCAUUGAUCCAACCAAAAUCACCUAAAACAACAUUUCAGCAAAGCAGCCAUCAUCACCAUCAUCAGCAACAACAGCAGCAAUCACAACAACAACAAAGUUUUUCCCCAUCAGCAGCUGCUGGAGCCUCACUGUCACCUAGCGUUACACCACUACAACCACCAUCGAGUGUAUCAUCAUCGGGUAUACCAACUUUGGCUGCCCUCAUCACUCCCAUCCAACCAUCGUUAUCACCGCUCAAUUCCUCCUCCGAAGAAACACUUCACAAAGAAAAAGAAAAAGAAAAAGAGAAGGCCAAAGUAGUAGUUCCCAUCUUGAGUUCGGCCAAUACAGCCGUAACUGGCAAAUCGAUCAAAACAAUCACCUCACUCUCUCAGUCCGGUAGCAUCACCAAUCCUGCACUCAAAAAGCAACAACAACAAGGAGGAACUCUUACAAAGCCAGCUAUUCGUAGUGGUAUUGCCAAUCCUAAAUUUAUCCGUGCCUACUCCGAGCCCAAUCUGCAGAGUCCAGUUCCUGGAUCCGGUAGCGGCAACAAGGAUGAAGUCAUUUCUGUCUCUCGAAAGCAACUGACAGAUCCAUCACGUAAACCAAAGACACCAAAAAUUGAAAAGCUCAUGGCCAAGAAUAUUUUCUACGAGAAAAUUCAGAAAACCGAAGACAUGGCCAAGAAGAUGCAAGAGGAAGGUCUAUCGCGCGAGGAAAUCGAGAAGCAACAAGAAAAGAUUAUGUCAGAGGCAGAGGUAAAACUCAUCAGCAGCAUAACCGAUUCCAAUAGCAAUCAAGUGGUCGUGGUCGGCAAGCAAUCUGAGAUACCUUCUCCAACCUCGAGUUCCGCUUCAACAUCGCCAUACACCUCUCCUGCUGUUAUUAACAUCACCUCCUCAGUGAUUGCUUCCAGUAAAGACACCACUCCAGAAGGACUCGCCAUCUCACCGACCGUCACUGCCUCAAGUUCUCCAGCAAAUCACAGUGUCACCCAUGAAUUCAAUGGUGGUGAUCACUGCUCGGCCAGCACACUCGACACUAAACACGUACCUCCUCCCAUUGGCAUAGACAUUAGCAACAGCGGAAGUGUCAGCAGCAGCAACGAUGAGGAGGAAGACGAAGAACACGAAGAACGAUUCCUCCGAGGUCUUGGUUGGGUUCCUGCUGAAGAGGACCCCUUAUCAGACUCUGAGAUGGAGGAAAAUCAGUUUGAAAAUGAAAGAAAUUCGUUUAAUCAAAUAAUUGUGGAACCUUUUUAUACUAAAGUUGAAUGCAAUUUAGCUACUUUCACAAAAACCAAUGUUACUAUCCACGGAGGAUAUGGAGGUGGUGUAACCUUUAUUAAAUUGGCAGAAUCAGGAAAUACGAUGAAAUUAACAAAUUCACAAGUCAAGAUCAAUGAUAUUCAAUUUAUACAUGCAACAGCCAGGGAGAAUUCUACAAAAAGAAAUGUUUCUACACCAGAUGUAAAAGUUAGAACCAAUCCAGGUUCGAGUCACCAAUUUAAAAAUCGAAAUCUAGAUCAAUCAUUUUUUUUAACAGGUGCAGAUUUUACUUUAUUUAACUCCAUCAUAUCAUUUAAUAAUGUAGUAAUUUUUAAUAAUACAAAUAAUAAUUUGAUAUUUUCAAAUGAUACGAAUUCACCACUAGAAAUCAGAACAUGUAUAUUCAAAGAAAAUAGAUCAGUAAUAGGACAGUUUGUAGGUCUCGGUUCAAGAAUAAGAUGUGCAAAUACACGUUUUAUAAAGUGUGACGCGUCUGCAGCUUCAGGAAUUGUAUAUUUAGAUGAUCAAUCAGUUGGAGAAUUUAUAUUAAAUAUAUUUGAUGAUAAUUACUCGCCUGGUGGAUCGAUAGCAGGAAGUGCAGCACCGUUGUUAUUGUUUGAUAAUUGUUGGUUCAACUCAUCCUCACGUGUAUCAGUGUUUAUAUCGAUUUACUCUAAUGGCCAAUUGUAUGUCUAUGGCUGUGCAUUCAAUGAUAUCUAUGGCAUCUUGUUGUCAACCGAUUCCAAUUCCAUUAUACUUGUAUUGAAUACUGUUUUCUCUUUUAUUCAAGGUAGAAUAUUUGAAUCAUAUGGUGCAGGACAUGUAGUGUUUGCAUCGAUUGUCUAUGAUCAUUGCGGGUCAUUCGAUCAGCUGAAUCUUGUUUCCAAUCAUGUGACUGCUUUCUUCUACGAUCUACGAGUGUUCUCAUCUACUGUUGCUUCGUUCAUCCAAACCAACUUUCAAUCGUAUCUGGUUAUAGUCCGAGGUUAUUUCUACAACAAUCAAGUAUUAACCAGUAUAGUCUCUUGUUACAACGGAUAUCAAGCAUUUCUCAACGGUUGCAUAUUCUAUGGUACUGUUGGUUUCUAUGGAGGAGCAGUAUCGGAGUUGGAUAUCUCUGGAAAUAUUACAGUCAUCAAUAGUAGGAUAGAUAAUAAUGUUUCGCCAAAUGGACCAUUCAUGUAUUUGAAAGCGCCGAAUGUUGAUGAAAUGCAGUGUUUGCCCAACACUUUUUUGAAUAACACAUUUUUCAAUAACUAUGCAUUGACUUCUGGUGCACUCGUUUACUACAGUACGACAGCGCUUCAAUGUGAUUUCACCUGUUACAAUUGUAUGCAAAGCAAUAACACAGCUGCAUAUGGAGAUCUCGUUAACAGUGAAUAUUACAACUUUACGAUUUCAACUGCAGCGAUUCUCUCCACGCCAACCACCACUCAGGUAGUCAUUACUGCACUCGAUGCCUUUGGGAAUAUUUACCGUGGCCACACCGACGUCAUCUUUGAGAUGACCUACCCCAAUUGCACCAAUAUCAACAUCACCGGAGUGAAUCAAGUCACCAUCAAUCUCAAUGGUACUCCAAUCAUGUACAAUCUCCUAGUCUCAGCGAAACCCGGUACCAGUUGCACCUUGGUUUUCACCUCGUCGCCAGCGGCGGUCACCGGCGAUCUCACGUUUGAUAUCUACGUGAAGCAUUGUGCGAAAGGCCAGAUAGAGUUUCAGACGCCAGGCGAUUACCAAUACUACUGUCUGAAGAAAGCGGGACUGUCAUCGAUAACUAAAAUCACAAUAGUAGCGAUUGCAGCAGUUAUUGCAUUGAUAUUGAAUACAGCACUUUCAAGAGCAACACCACAGUAUGUUUUCGAUACAGUCUAUAAGAAACAAAUAGAACAUGCAUGUAUCGCAAGUUUAGAUUGGAUUUACACUGUUUCACAUUUAGUUUAUCUCACAUUAUUAUUGGUAUAUUGUAGUGUUUUAGUAUAUCUUGGUAGACCAUAUCGAUCAUCACCAGGAACAUUUAACGAACCAACUUAUAUUGGAAUAUUAAUGAUGAAAUUCAUUGAAGAACAAGAAACACAAUUGGAAAGAAACAAAGAUAUACUUCAAUUCUAUGAGAUCUAUGGUAACCAGUUUGGUCUUUUAAACUUUGCAAACAGAGACAUUUUCACGCCUGAUGCUCUAUCACCACUAACACUGUCAGCUACUGACUUAUCAAAACCUCCAAAUACUGACAUAACCAAUAACAAAAGUAACAACAAUAGUGAUAAUAGUGAUACUAAUUUUCCUAUAAAUGUACCAACACAAAAUAAUAAUGGUAGUAACAAUAGUAAUAAUAUCAGUAAUGGAAAUAAUAGUAGUAGUAGUAAUGGUAACCCUGUAGUUUUAAAUCAAGAUGACAAUAAUAAUAAUAAUAAUAAUAAUAACAAUAACAAUAAUAAUAAUAAUAAUGGAAAAAAGAAAAAAGUUUCUUAUAAUAAUAAUUUUAAUAGUAUCAGUAAUAGUGAUAAUAUCGCAAAGAGAAUGAUUUCCAAUCAAAUUAAAAGUCAGAUGAAACAAUCAAUAACAUCAUCAGUUGGGUCACCGACAUCAGAAUUUUCUCCUAAUUUCAAAGGAAACAGUAAUGCAAAUAAUAACAACAACAAUAAUAAUAAUAAUAACAAUCAUUUGAAUGGAGACUCAAAUAUGUCACCAUUCAGUAUAUCAAGGAAUUCUCAUUUGAAUUUCUCACCACCUAUGUCACCAAUGUCCUACUCGAGAGUGAAUAACUCAAGUAUUAAUAGUAAUAGUAAAACACCUCCCAUUGAAGUUGUUUCUCAAUUCAAAGAGAAAAUGCAACAAUUAGGAUGGAUUGGUACACCUAAUAUGGGUAGAGGUAGACAAAGAUCGAAUACGAUGGCAGUUGAUUCUCCUGGAUCACCGAGUACACCUUAUAGUUUAAUUAAUACAUUGGAGCAGGUUUCAAAACAAUUGGACGAGCGUGAAAAAGAUGUACAAUUGGCUGCGGAAAUUGGAAAGUUGUUACUCGAAAAGAAUAGUGAAUUAGAAUAUCAAGUAUCUCAACUAUUCGAUUAUGAAAAGAAAUAUAUUGAUAUAUAUUCACAGAAUGAGGUUUUGAAAAAUCAAAAUGAAAAUCUAUCAUUCAAUUUAAAAGAAGCUACUUUGGUGAAUGAAUUGAUGGUAGACAAGUUGAAUGAAGCCAACUUUGAUUUGUCGAAAUUUAAAAAUCAACAACAAUCUGGUAAAAAGUCGAAAAAAUCAGCACAAGUCGAUAUUGAUCUGCUCCAACGAGAAUUACAAGAACUAAACUCAAAAGAUCUAUCAAGAGAGAAGAAUCUUAUUAAAUUAAGAUGUGAUAAUGAAUCGUUGACUGAUAAGAAUGAAAAGUUACAGAAUAAAGUUAAUGACUAUGAAGAGUUUAUCAAAGAUUAUAAUCAAGUGAAAGAAAAGUAUCAGUAUUUAGUUGUAAAGAAUCAAUCUUUAUUAAGUUUAGCUAAGGAUAUUGCAACAAAGAAAUCUAUUGUCGAUGAAUACAAUAUGAUUAAAGAAAGUUUCGAAGUGUCAUUGGAGAACAUCAUUACGAAUACCGCUACAUCUAGAACAUACGAUGCUGAAGAAGAAGUCAAACUACUACAAGAAGCAAGAGAAACGAUUGAUAAACUAACUACAAAUGAAAAUAGUAAUUCAAUUGUAUUACAAUUGGUUAGUUUGUUAAAGGGAAAAGAAGAUAAUAGUUCAAAGUUCUUAGAUGAUGAUGAAGCUAUUCGGUUCAGUCUGGACGACGAUGCCACCGAAGAAGAUCAAAAGUUAUAUCACGACAGUCAGCUAGCCAAACAAAUAGAGAUAUCAACUCAGAAUCUAUCAAGAAGUUCUAUUUUAUUGCUUAUUGCAUUAUAUAUAAGUAAUAAACAUAAAGAUCUAAAUGAUCAAUUGAGUAGAAAUAUAUCAUCAAUGUCAGAGUUGCAAGAGGAUAUCAAAGAGUUGACAGAGAAGCUUCAAAUCAAUACAAAGUUGAAUGCCAAGUUGGAAAUGGAUUCGCUGUCCAAUCAAAAUCUCAUUGAUGAACUACAGCAACAGACAGAGUCUCUACAGAAUGAAAUACAAUCUCUCCAACAGAGUUACAAUCAAUUGCAAACCGAUAAACAAAAAGAGAUUCAAUUGCUACAAGAGGAAUUGUCUUUUCAACAUGAUAAUGAUAGAAAAUAUCAAACAUUGGAAGAGAGAUAUCAUAGAAUGGAACAAGAUUACUUGAAUCUUCAAAAGGAUAUGGAGAGACAGACAAAUGAUUUACAAUCGUCGUGUGAUGCAUACAAGAUUCAAUUGGCAAAUUUGAACAGAGAGAAGGAAGAGUGUGAUUCGAAGAUCGAAGAACUCGUUUCACAGAUCAACAGUUCGAAUGAAGUGAGCGGAAAGCAAUCGGGUGAAUUGGAAUCAAAGAUAACCGAGCUACUAAAGGAGCUGGACGAUUGGAAGGAAAAGAACAAUCAAUUAGUUCUCUGCAAUGAAUCUGCUAUCGAAAAGAUACGGUUAGAUCAUAAGCAAUCUUUACAGUCUUUGGAAUGCCAGCUUCAAGAGAAACAAAGCCUAAUCGAUACACUUCAACAGAAUAUCACAGAGUUGAACAACCAGCUAGUAGAGUUGAAAUCUUUGAAUGAAGAGAGAACCGCGAGAUUGAAACAAUUGGAGUCGACAUCAGAUGAAAUGGCUAAAGUGAAAGACGACAUUAUUCAGCAACUCAAUGAAAAGAUAAAUCAACUGACACAUGAGCUGCAAUCGAGAUCCAGUUCUGGUGAUGAAGCAGCUUCCAAGAUUUCAUUGCUAGAGUCAACUAUUGCCAGCUUGAGACAAGAGUUGGAGUCUGCCAAUGGUGAGCUGGCGAAGCGCUCCACUUCCUACGAGGAGUCUGUCGCCAAAGAGAAGAGUUUGACUCUUGAACUUCGUUCUAAAGAGGAAGAGAAUGAAAGACUUCAAAAUCAACUACUUUCCAUCAAAUCAUCGAGUGAAACCAGUAUGGUUGAAAUGGAAUCGUUGCGAUCACAAAUCCUUGAGUUGGAGUCUACUCUUUCCGUUCGAAAAGAACUAGUUUCCAAGAUGGAGAGUGAUAAAUCGACGUUGGAGAAUCAGUUGGGCGAGAAGGAGAGAAUGUUCAAUGAGUACAGAGACGAUACUCAAAAGUUGUUAAGUGACUAUGAGAGUAAACUUAAAUCAAAGGGAGAGGAGUUUGAUUCACUGACAGAGGAAUUGGAGUUGGCCAGACAACCAAAAGAGUGUUUGGAUUGUCACAAACACUUGGAGCGUGGAAGAGUACUACAGAGUCAACUCAAUGAAUUUGAGACACAGAUGGAGAUGAUGAAGAAGAGUCACAGCGAUGAAUUGACACGUUUGAAUGAGAGAGAAUGUCCUGGAUGUCUGGAGCAUAAUCAGACAAAGAAGACUUGUGAUGAAUUGGUUGGCGUAGUUCAGACUCACAAGAAACAAGUUGAAGAUAUGAAACUGGCAUUGGAGGCACUGAAGAAUAGUUCCACUGUUUGUGAAUCGUGUGUUGGUCUGCAACAGGAACUUGAUGCUUUGCGUAAGGAACUUAACGAGUUGAAGCAAUCCAAAGAGAGAGAGAAGCAGUUGGAAGAGGAGAACAAUCUACUAAGACAAGAGAUGAAGAAGAGUCAGUCUGAUUUCAUUGUGAAGGAGAGUGAGUUGCUGAGAUUGCAACUCGAGGAGCAAAAGAAGGUGGAGAAAGAACAAUCACUUCUCAUUGAAAUGAUGGAGUCGAACAAACAACUUGAAGCCAAGCUGGCACAGGUUACUUCAAAUGAAGUACUCGACAGUCACCAGUGCAUAGAUGGCUCACUCACCGGCAGAGAUUUAGAAAUGAUAAAAUAUAUUAAUGGACUGCUACCAAACCAACUCUCACUAACUUGCAAAUACUGUGUAGCCAGUCAACUUCGUGAUGGAUUUGUAUUUUGUAAUGUUGUAAAUCAUUUUAUUGAUGAUGGUAUUGAUUCAAGAGCACUUCAUAAACCACCAUGUAAUAAAUCACAUAUGUCUCAGAAUGUCAACUUAAUUGUAAACUCAAUACAAUCAUAUGGAGCCGAUCGUAAACUUUCAAAUCUAGAUAUAAAUCUUUUAUUUGAAAUUAUUUAUAUUGGAUUCCUUCAACGAGUGAAUUUGAAGCAUCAUCCUGAACUUGCUUAUCUCUGGAAACACAAUCCAGAGAAGAAACCCGAUGACAAGAAAGAGAGUUGGGAUAAUUUCAUUAUGUUGGAACCGCCUGCCUAUCUGAAGAGAUGGAUCAAUCACUACAUGAAACAAACACAUCAACCCCUGAUUACCAAUUUUACCAACAUUGGCGAAAAAGUUUUAUUAUCGUUGUUCUCGCAACUCCAUCCGGAUUUCAAGGAUAACAAUAAUAUCGAUGCAAUGAUGCUCUAUUGCAAGGGAAUCGGUUGUGGUCUAAUUUCGCGUGACGAUAUAAAUGAUGAUCAGACCUCUCAUUCGACUCUAUUGUUUUUGGCACAGCUAUUCGAUAAGAACUCGGGAAUCAGCUUGUCCAUGGACAAGGAAACGAUCGCCUCUGACUCACCGGAGAUCACCAGUGAAGAGAAAGCUGCCAAACAAUGGUUAAAAACCGUGGAUAUCGCUGCUGCUAGCAUGGAUGAUUUUAGAGAUGGACUGUUACUCUUGAGAGCUCUCGAUCAAGUCUCACCGGGAAUCGUUAAUUGGAAGCACGUCAACACCAAUCCAACCAAUUUGUAUAGUAUGACAGAGAAUUGUAACUACUGUGUUAAACUAGGAAAAGAUCUCAAAUUCUCGUUGGUCGGUAUUGCCGGUAAGGAUUUCGUUGACGGACACAAAAAGUUCUUGCUCUCCUUUGUCUGGCAAAUGAUGAGAUACAGUGUACUCCGUAAGGUAAAUCUCAAAGGUAAAAACGGUAAAGACAUCACCGAGGCUGAUCUCGUAUCUUGGGCAAACAAUCAAGUCGCUUCAUCUGGUUUCCAUACGGCCAUCAAGAGUUUCAGUGACUCUAGCCUGAAAGACAGUCUAUUCCUCUUGGAUCUCUUAGAAUCGAUUUGCAGAGGUUGCAUUGAUUCAUCAAAUGUUUUCACAAAGGAUUUUGAUGGAGAAUCUAGAAAAUCAAAUGCUAAAUAUGUAAUUAGUGUAGCAAGAAGAUUAGGUUCUACCGCUAUAAUAUUCUGGGAAGAUAUUGUCGAAGUAAAAGCUAAUAUGAUCAUGUUAUUUAUUCUCGAUUUAAUGUCACUAAUUUAA